GGAAAACUGGGGGAUGUGGCUUUGGCCUGACUCGACCCGCUCUAACUUCAACCUCAUGGAUAGAUAGCUUCUGCCAUAUCUGGAGAUGUGCCAUUUCACAGUGCAAGAUGAGAGGCCGGAUGUUUUUCGGCUCGUUUUCCCGAUAACGGAAUUAUUUCUCAAACGUUUACGAUUCUAUUCUCCCUCUCUGCGCAGAUCGACAUGGCCAAAGCUGCUGCGACCGACACCGAUAUACGCUGAGACCACUAUCAGGCCAUUACCUGGACGCCAAGCACAUACUAGCUGCCCUUCACUCUUCUCAACCAACACGAUACUAAUCGUUGUACUACUGGUGAUGGGUAUUGUCGUUCAGGGUAUUCAUCUUCGCUCGAAUGCCCUCUUUUCUGUCCAAGAUCCAACAGACAAAUCCGACUGAUGCCUCUCACAAGGCACAAAACUGAGUCAACCCCACCCACCUGCAACUGUUAAUCUGAGCACUUGGCCAACGGGCUUAGCCGAUCUAUAUGGCUUGUACGUCCUCACAAAUCCAUCCGGCCAACCUUCUCCGUACCCUGCAUUC